AUGUCGUGGCCUACCGCUGCGCAGAACGCUUCCUCCACUGCCCUUGUUGCAAACAUGACCGAGGUAUUCGGAGAAGCCGCCUACUACAACGAGGGCUACCACGAGGACAACUGGCAAGAAACCUUCUUUGGCACCAACUACGAACGUCUUUUGAAGAUCAAAAAGGCUGUUGACCCCAAGGGCGUGUUCAGCUGCCGUAUGUGUGUUGGUAGCGAAAAGGGGUUCUAA